AGGAUGUUGCUGUUACUCGUCCUGGCGCAGUUGCUUCAGCGAGCGACCUCGCAGUCCGUUCGCCAGGACACGCCGGCUCUCUCCAAAUCCCCCGACGAGAGCGUGGAGCUGGAAUGCAUCCUGGACGGCGGUAGCACUAGCAAUUAUCUAUACUGGUACCGACAAUAUCCGGGGAAGGAGAUUCAGAACCUGUUUCAUUCCACGUAUACCGACAUAGUAAUUCCGGAGGGGGCCGUGGACGGCUUCACCGCCCGGAGACCCGUUGCAGAGACGUUCAUUCUCAGCUCGGCCAGUGUGCGCCCGGACCAGUCGGCCGUCUACUACUGCGCCUGGAGUCCUCACAGUGGCUCAGAGACACGCCGGUGCCCGACAAAAACCUUCGCCGGCGGCAGGAAGCAGGUUGUCUGUAUGUCUUUGCUUUUUGAUUCCGUCACCUUCAGCUCCUCCUACAGCGCCCCCUGCUGGUCUCCAGGCGACCAGUCCGCCAAUCUGAAGGGGAGGAGCGGCGGAUCAUUAUCAGACCCGGAAUCCGGUUUAUUAUCAAUGGAAUAUGGGUGCACAGAGAAGGAUCCCGGAGAGAGGAUGUUGCUGUUACUCGUCCUGGCGCCGUUGCUGCAGCGAGUGACGUCGCAGUCCGUUCGCCAGGACACGCCGGCUCUCUCCAAAUCUCCCGGCGAGAGCGUGGAGCUGAAAUGCAUCCUGGACGGCGGUAGCGCUAGCAAUUAUCUCUACUGGUACAAACAAUAUCCGGGGAAGGAGAUUCAGUACCUGUUUCAUUCCACGUAUACCGAAAUAGUAAAUCCUGAGGGAGCCGUGGACGGCUUCACCGCCCGGAGACCCUUUGUAGAGACGUUCAUUCUCAGCUCGGCCAGCGUGCGCCCGGAGCAGUCGGCCGUCUACUUCUGCGCCUGGAGUCCUCACAGUGGCUCAGAGACACGCCGGGGCCCGACAAAAACCUUCGCCGGCGGCAGGAAGCAGCUGAUCUGUGAGACUCAUUGA